AUGGAAGGCAUGGUAGACCCUGAGACCAUUUACAUGAGGCAAAACUGCAUUGGUGGUGGGAGCUUUGGUCGAGUUUACAAAGGGGUCGAUAAACGUACCGGCAAUUCUGUCGCUAUCAAGGUCAUUGAUGUCGAAAAUGCUGAAGACGAAGUCGAAGAUAUUAUCCAGGAAAUUGCCAUCUUGUCCGAACUCGACUCUCCAUAUGUUACGAAGUAUCAUGGCUCUUUUCUUAAGGGCUCUCAUCUGUGGAUUGUCAUGGAAUUUUGUUCGGGGGGUAGUUGCAGCGAUCUUCUUCGCCCGGGGCCAAUUCCGGAGGACUAUAUCAUGAUAAUCAUGCGAGAGUUGCUUCGUGGCCUGGAUUAUCUGCAUAGCGAUAAGAAAUUGCAUCGCGACGUGAAAGCUGCAAAUAUCCUUCUCACGUCCAACGGCCAGGUGAAGCUCGCGGAUUUUGGUGUUUCUAGCCAGCUCUCAGCAACUAUGACAAAGAAGAACACCUUCGUGGGGACCCCUUUCUGGAUGGCCCCAGAGGUCAUCAAACAGUCGGGGUAUGAUUAUAAAGCUGACAUCUGGUCUCUGGGGAUCACUGCCAUAGAGUUGGCGCAGGGAGAACCACCUUACUCCGACAUCCAUCCGAUGAAGGUCUUGUUCUUGAUUCCUAAGAAUCCUCCUCCCACGCUUCAGGGGCCUUUCAGCAAAACGUUCAAGAACUUUGUCGAGCUCUGUUUGCGGCGUGACCCCAGGGAAAGGCCGUCGGCCAAGGAGUUACUCGAGCACCCAUUUGUCAAGAGAGCAAGACGAACGACUUAUCUGACGGAGUUGAUCGAGCGCUAUGAAGGAUGGCAGAUACGUAAUGGCGUUCAAAAUGGCGGCGUGGAUGAGGACUACGUACAAGAUCUCCCGUCGGAUGACAAAGAUCGCGAACAUGAGGAAGACCUCUGGGACUUCGGCACUGUGCGCCCUGUAGGACGCACAACAGCUCGGGACCCGAUGAGGGAGGCCGAUACAAAUACCAGGAACCACAACACCACGGGCUGGAAUUUCCAAGACAAGCCUCACGAGGGGGUCAUGAAAUCAAGCCGUCCUCAACCCGACUCACCAAAGAAAAGAAGCUCGUUCAUUGUAGCUAGUGCAUCUCCCACAAAGGUUCCGCUGCCACCGUCGCCUGUCAAACAUCCAUUUUCAGAGGUCAGCCCACCUCGAACACCUACGCGUUCUCAGAGGCCUGUUGCUGGGCAACCUACAGAGAGUCCUAGCACAAGCGAGUACAACAGGGCCCUACAACAAUCUUUAGCGCAGGACUCUGUGUUUCUCCAACUCGAUCUCUCCCCCAGCAGCUCUUCGGGUCCAUCGAAAAACAGACGCGUCGUUCCAACUCCGACUGCCCACGCAACACCCUAUCCCUCCAAGGAUUCAACUCAAAUCUCCCCUUCCCGCACCGAGCGGAAGCCUACUGCAUCAGAAGCUCAAUCUCAACCCCAUGCUCAUUUACCUUCGCAUUCACUUCCUCCACCAACCCCUUCUCAUAUAUUUCCCCAUCCACAACAACAGAGAGACACGCCGCGCGAUAGGGGCAGUCCCGAAAUGUCCGUCCGUCGUUUCGCCCCAAAGAACAUCAGCCGCCAUAUCGAGGAGACGCAGCAAGUGCCAACCAAAGCGCCUGAACCUCAAACGGUUACACCCCUGCUCAAUGUCAUUGUUCCUGCUCUCAGGACCGCUGUGCGUCGUCGUAGGGAGCAGGUAGAUCUGAUUUCUCGUCAAGCUAUGGCACACAGUGGCGAGAAUCCAGACAAACUAGCUGAGAUCAAGGGUGCCCGCCAAUACGUACAGGUCAAGAUUGAAAGCCUUGUCGACGACUUAGUUCACUCGUUUACUCGGAUAGAUAACUGGGACAACGAAUCGCCAGUUGGAAUGGGUUCGGGCGUGGUUUCGUUCCUUGAGGGUUUCCUCGAAGAGAUUCUCGUCCGCAUUGAGGUUCCCACUGACGAUGAAAAUGAUGACGAAGGAUAUUAUCCAUCCAAACCAGCCGAGUCUGAGGCAGGCCAUGCUAAGAACGCGUCUAAGACCUGA